AUGUACGCCGCUCAGAAUAUAACGCCAACAGUUUUGGAUGCUAUGAAUGGAAAUGUUUCCGAAUGGUAUAACGAAUGCGACAAUGCCAUUAGAAGGUCAGAAAUAGUUCCUGGAACUUACGAAUAUACAACUGCUGUUUCUUAUGGAAACGUAGGUGAGUUUGGAGAAGGUUCUUCAACAACAGUAGAUAUUGCUUGCGACAGGUUUCAUAUAAUUUCUAUUGACAACUCUUUCUUAUACGUGGAACAAGACAUUGAAAUAAAACCUUCUGCCAAGUUGUCUGACAAGAAAGGUUGCAAUGGAAUUUUCUAUGUCGGAUACCAAUAUGCUCCAGAAGUUUUCAUGGGAUAUAAGAUAUAUUCUAACUCUGACUUAGUUCAAACAGUAACAUGGGCAAACUAUGAAUGGUUCGCUUUGAGAAACUCAGUACAACCACAAGCUAGAGAACAAACAGACCAGUAUGCAACUAUUGAGAAAAUAAGAAGACUUGACCCUAACGUUCCAGGAGUUUAUGUUAACCUUUCUGGACAAACUGCAGCAGCAGUAACCAAAGUAAAAUUGAAACUUAGAGUUCCUUUGUCAUCUUUCCUCAUCUUCAGGUUUUUAAGAUACUUGCCAAACUGGGCAGGAAAAAUUUCUAUCGAACUUACUCCAAGCAAAAAUAACUUAGUCAUUGCACCAACACAAGACCCAUUCACUCUUACAGACGUAAAGGGAGCAAAUCAAACGUCAUUCGCCGAAUUUUGCAAAGACAAAGUUGACUUAGACUUUGGUUUCUCAAACCUCAACACUGAA